ACCCCCCCCCUCCCUUGUCUCUACAGGAAGUGUAUUGGCAGACUGGGCAGGGCUGUAGUGGAUCUCCUGGAAAAUCGGAUCAAAAAAACACACGAAAACUUCACCUCGCAGCAGCAAAGUGACACCGGGGAACAUGAAUGACCAGCAGCUGGAUUGUGCUCUGGACCUGAUGAGGCGCCUGCCUCCCCAGCAGAUUGAGAAGAACCUGAGUGACCUCAUCGACCUGGUGCCCAGUCUCUGUGAGGACCUGCUGUCCUCGGUUGACCAGCCUCUCAAGAUCGCCCGAGACAAGAUAGUGGGGAAGGAUUACCUGCUGUGCGACUACAACCGAGACGGGGACUCUUACAGGUCCCCCUGGAGUAAUAAGUAUGAGCCCCCGAUCGAUGAUGGUGCCAUGCCCUCGGCCCGUCUGCGCAAACUGGAGGUCGAGGCAAACAACGCCUUCGACCAGUACAGAGACCUGUAUUUCGAGGGGGGCGUGUCCUCGGUAUAUCUCUGGGAUCUGGAUCACGGUUUUGCCGGCGUGAUUCUCAUCAAGAAGGCGGGAGACGGAUCCAAGAAAAUCAAGGGGUGCUGGGACUCCAUUCACGUGGUGGAGGUGCAGGAGAAGUCCAGCGGUCGCACUGCCCACUACAAGCUGACCUCGACAGUCAUGCUUUGGCUGCAGACCACCAAGACCGGCUCUGGCACCAUGAACCUGGGGGGCAGCCUGACCAGACAGAUGGAGAAGGACGAGACAGUCAGCGAGUCGUCUCCUCACAUAGCCAACAUCGGCCGCCUGGUAGAGGACAUGGAGAAUAAGAUCCGCAGCACUCUGAAUGAGAUUUACUUUGGGAAGACCAAGGACAUCGUCAACGGGCUGAGGAGCGUACAGACGCUGGCAGACAAAUCCAAGCAGGAGAACCUCAGGAACGACCUAGUGGAGGCGCUCAAACGCAAACAGCAGAGUUAGAACCCAACUGCACUCGUCUAUCCCUCUCUCCCUCUCUGUCCCUCCCCAAUGCUACACACUCUGUCUGUCUCCCCCUCUCUCCUCUCCCUCCCCAAUGCUCCGCAUUCUCUGUCUCCCCCUCUCUUCUC